AUGGCCCUGAACGAUGCUGUCUCGGUCGUCCAACGAGCUUCUGCCCUGUCUCCAGCACCUCCACAACCCUUUGACGAGCCCUACGAAGUUUACGACCAGCCUACGUUAACGUCCCCAUCCGCACGGCAGCGCCAGCAGCUGCGCCCUGCCCAGAUAAACCCUCAUCAUUCUGAAUUACCCUCGCGAUCUCCUUCUCGAUCUGCUUCACCUACCUCCUUAGGUCGUACCCGCUUGCUGCGGAGGUGCUCUGGCCUUGAAAAUAUACGCAGCGCUUCUCCUGCCCUAGGCCCUCGUCGACCAUCAAUUGCUAGGUUCGCGACGCAACUAGCAACUGUCGAGCCGGAUCUAGCAAUCGAUCGUGCUAGCGCACUCCAGAAUCCACCCCUAGAAGCACAGACUGGGGGAGGUCACACAACCUACCAGAGCUCGCUGCAACAAACUGGUGAAUCAUUCUGGCCCCGACGAACCAAUCGUAUUUCAUCAAACACUGCGUCUGCUAUCCUCUGGGUAUUGGAAGAGGCUAUUCGCCAGCCCUUCAUUUUUACCCCAGACCUGAGCGAGCUUAACGCCUCAAUGUCAGAGCUCGUUGGUGGAACCGUGCCCUCCGGAUCUACGGGCAAUGGCCGGCCCCAAAAUGGAACCUCGCGACCCGCUCCAGGACCCAUUGCCGGCCAGUCGAAUCCUCCUAGUGGAGUUAGAACCCCGACUGAUAUUAUGAGACAACGUCGUGACCGUGAAGCGCGCAAGAAAGCAGAGCAGGAGGCAAGGGAGAGAGACAAGCAGGAAACAGAAUGGCGAUUGCAGCACCAGCAGGAGCUGCAACAACAGCAAAUUCAGCAGUUCCCCCAGCCGGGGCGACAUUUGCCAGCUGCUGGCGCUGCCGGCGAACCUUCGGGUCAACGAAGACAAGGGGGAGGAGUCGCCCCGCAAGAUCAAAGCUCGAGGCGUGACCGAGUGAGCGGUGGGAGCACUUCACGAAUACAGGCAUCUGCUGCUCCAGCUAGUACGACAUCCGGUCUGCAGCCCGUUGUGCCAUCUUCAAGUACACGACAACACGCCGUCCCUCCCGAGUCACGUAUUCCCGGUGAUGGAGCUCAGCAGCCUCAAACUUCCCGACAGCGAGGGGCGUCAAUUCCGCAACAUCACCAGAGACCUGCUCCUGCAUUGUCCCAACCAUCUGCCCGAACUACAACAGGAGCAUUUGCGCAGCCGGGUACUUCGUCAUCACAGGCAAGACCCCAAACUAUGCCUGCGCAAGCCGCUCCUCCACCAUUCGAAGAGCCUAGAACCUCCCAGACACAACAAACCGAACCUCCCCAUCAAUCCAGCCAACAGACUCAAUCACAGACUCAACAACAGCAAAGUAGACCCAGGGCUGCAUUUCCUCAUGCCUUUGAACGUUGGGAGACGCUUUCCUCACAUUGGGAAGGGUUGACGGGAUACUGGAUACGCCGGUUGGACCAAAACAACGAGGAACUAAGCCGUGACCCUCUCAGCCAGCAGAUGUCAAGGCAAAUCACUGAUCUUUCCGCGGCUGGUGCAAAUUUGUUCCAUGCAGUGGUUGAGUUGCAACGCUUGCGGGCGUCCUCGGAACGGAAAUUCCAACGCUGGUUUUUCGACACACGUGCCGAACAGGAACGCGCCCAGGAGGUCCAGGCGGAGCUGGAGAGACUAUUAAGAACUGAACGGCAGGCUCGCGCGGAGGCAGCAAAUUCAAUUGCGAAAGCCGAAAGCGACAAGUUAAAGGCGGAGGAGCUAGUUCGGGAAAUGCGUCGUGAAUUACAGAUAUCGAAAGAUGAAGCGAGGCGUGCUUGGGAGGAACUUGGCAGAAGAGAACAGGAAGAACGCGACCGCACGGUAUCUUUAAGAAACGGUGAGCCAACUAUAGUUGGCGGUGUGCAAGUAGUCCCCAUGAUGCAAUCCGCUCUUAGCAGACAGACUAGUACAAAUCGUCCACCAACAAGAGAAGGUCCUUACCCUGGUGGCCCUGGUCCCACAACAAUGGGCGGGCAAACUAGACAAGACGUCCCUGAGCCAACUGAACAUGAUGCAUACGACAGCCAAGUCUCGUCUCCAACAGCCACUGAUCCCUUUGUCGAAACCACCCGUGAAUCCGGCCGCCCGUCACAUCAUGACGUUGGAAGCUCACCUUCAAGACAACCGCCAACAUUUACUGCCGCCAUGUCUGCUGCACGAACGGCUACUACCCAAACUCAGGCUGCUGCAACCUCUAGCCCAUAUAGUCAAUCCCACCAUGCUGAGGACUCACACGGGCGAUUCUACCAGCAUGAACCUUCCGCUCUCCACGGCAGCGAGCCCAAGGUCACAGGGGCCGAUGAGCGCGCAUACAUACCAACUAGCGAGCCAGGCGGCAGCGACCUUGGAUCGGAGGAGUAUGACCACCCGGAGGCGGCAUACAGGCGGAACACACAAGACCGGGAUCGUCGGAUCGUAUAUCCCCGCACCAUCUCGGACGACAGCGAUGAUUAUGAGAAUAUGGAACACAUGCCCGAAGGCGAAUUCAGCCAGCGAUACGAGGGAGUGGGUGGCAUUGAGUACGGCGGCGGACCACCUGGUAGUUCACCUGAAGAUAUUCAAGGUGCUGGGUAUGGCUCUAACGUCGACUAUAGCGGAUCUGGUUGGGGGGGUGCACCUACGUGGGAUUCUGUGACGCCGCGACAUCGACACCCCACACGGCUCAGUGACGUUUUAGAAGAAGAUGAGAGAAGUCGAACAAGCCCGAGCCGUGCGAGCCAGGCAAGUCGUGGCAUGCAUUAA